AUGGACUACAUUUUCUUGUCCAGUAUCAUCGGUGUCACGCUGCUGUCACUGAUCGCCAGCUACGACAUUAUGUGUCAAUGGCUGAAGAAUUUCUGGAAGCGCAUGGACGAUUUACCGGCUCGCCUCCAUCUCAACGAACGAGUGAAACUCGAUGGGAAGGUCCCCAAGCUCCACCUUGAGAUGCAUCAGGAGGCAUGCCAUGCGCCAUAUUCCUUCAACUUCACUCUGGGUGCUGGCCGAACCAAUGGUGAGGGGGUGGAACGAAAUUGGGCUAUGCUCAAUGGUGGUGCUGCUAGCACCAAGGAGAUGGGCCUGGGGGGGCAUCACGACACGAUUGACGACUUCUGCGGUUUUCUCAAUUGGACGAAGAUGAAGCGGCUUGGAAACACUUUAUUGCGUCGCCUCGUCGAGGCCAUUCCACAGUCGGUGGCCCAUAGUGGGGCCUUCGAAGAGUUUCAAGCCAGCCUUCACUCCGAGUGCAGCGAACAAGUACGCCAGUGGGAGGAUAUGCUCACGGCAUGGAAGUUGGACCACAGCAAACCGUGCCCAUAUGUUGCGAGCACCACCUCCAAUUUUUCGAUGGCCGCUGUCCAUCAGCGCAUGGCGGAGGACGAGCAGCGGAAGGCAGGUGAUGGGCCGGGCCUGCCGCAUGACACAAGCCCAAGUGCCUUCCUGCUCUUAGGCAUUGAGCUUGAGGAGCUGCAAAGAUCCCUGCGUGUGCUGGUGAAAUCCAAGGCUCAGAACCCAGACGUUUUGCACAAUGCCUCCAUGGAGGAUCGCCGGGAGGUCAUUCGACGUCGCUUAGAACGAUUUCAGGAAUUACAGGCCAUAUACAUGCCCGCCCUCACACAGGUACUUGCCGAUGCUCAGACAAGAGUCCAUGAUGACCUACCCGCUGAGAAUGUCCCCCUCCAAAUGCCCUCUUCGCUAUCUCGUUCAAUUCGCGAGGUGGCCUGCAUCUCCGGACUCGCAGAUCAGGAGGCCGUCCUUCGCCAUGCUCAGGCCUGCGACUCGCUCGAGGAUCUCCACCGCGAAUUGUGCAACCGACAGUUCCUCAACAAGUGGAAGCGCAAGAACAUCACCGGACAGCGUCACAACACUCGGGCAAGAGCAUGGCAGCACCACGUUGAUCUGAGUGUCCAUGCGGCAGCUGCUCAGUACCGCCAUGCAAGGCAGGCCCUUGUCAAUCUCAGAGGCCCUGGUGUCUGGGAGAAUACCCUACAGGAGCUCCACGAUGGAGAUAUUCGCUCUCCCAAUGAGCGUGCACUCAGCAACCAGGAGAGGGAGGAAAUUGAAUGGCUCGCCGAGAAUUACGUGGGGUCUAGCACGGGAGCAGCAGUGCAGGGCAUUGUACACACGGGUGAAGGGCGCCGAGUGCUAUCAUGGAUAUGGAAUCGUGUCAACGUCAUGGAGGAUGAGAAUUCACUGGGAAUGGAGGAAGCAUUGCGCAUUGAAUGGGCCAAGGCGAAGGCAAGUGCUGACAGAUGGUGGGAGGAAGUAAUAUUGUUGGACGAGGAAAUGAGGCAUGUCCUCACAUUCAGCGACUGGAAGAUCGGCUGGUGGAAGGAACGGAUUGGGCUGCACGUUGACAUUUCGGAGGAGCUGGAAGAGGGACUCAUUGCAUAUGCACAUGAGCAUAUCGUAUUCGAACGGGCCCUUGGCAUGCAACUGAGGAUGAAGUGGUCCGCGGUUCGCGAGAGGGCCACGAAGGCAGUACAGAAUGGUCUCUCCGAUGCUACUAUUAUGGGCCACUCUCCCGAUGUUGAUGCCCUUCUGCCUGCCCAACCCUCCACAUCUGUCUCGACGUCCAUUAAGGCGGAUGCCACCACCUCCAAUCAGACCGACGUCAUCAUUCCUGCUCACGUGGAGCUCAUCAUUCCUGCUAGCCCCAUCACAUCUUCCUUUGCUGCUGCCAUUGAGCUCGAGCUGGACGAGGACUUCUAUGCAAUGAACACCGAGCAAGAUAUAUAUAAUUGA